UUUUUUUUUUUAUUAUCCUUGAAGACAAGCCGGAGUUGACUGUCUUGUGUUUACCAUAUAGAAGAGCGUUGAUAAGAGGCACUGUUGUUUCCAGGUAUUUGUAACCUCUGUGUGCACUGGUUUGGGGGCAAUGCACUCUUUCUUCAGUGGGGAAUUCCACACAAUUGUACAAUUGUUGUUGUUCUUCCCUAUGCAAAAGGUCAAGAUGUCCCUUAAAGAGCGGUAUGUGGCUGCUAUGGUGCUGAGUGGAGUCGGGGAUGCCCUGGGGUACAACAACGGAAACUGGGAGUUCUGUCACAGCGGAGAAACGAUUCACGAGGAGCUCUCCAGGAUGGGAGGGCUGGAAAAGGUGGAUGUUCAUGACUGGAUGGUGAGCGAUGACACCGUCAUGCACCUGGCUACUGCAGAGGCGCUAGUCAAAGUAGGGAAGAAGCCAGCCAUGCCGGAGCUGUACAGGAAUAUUGCAGAGAAAUACAUCGAGUGCAUGGAGGACAUGAACGGCAGAGCUCCAGGUGUAACGUGUUUAGCAGUGGUUCACAGUCUGAAGCCAAAUGUCCGCAAUGGCUGGCGCGUUGCCUUUAACCCCGCAGGAGGGGGGUGUGGGGCUGCAAUGCGGGCGAUGUGCAUCGGCCUCAGGUUCCCAGCGCCCUCCCAGCUGGAGCAGCUAAUAGCGGUGAGCAUCGAGAGCGGCCGCAUGACACAUCACCACCCUACGGGCUACCUGGGCUCGCUGGCGGCGGCACUCUUCACCUCCUAUGCUGUCAAUCUGAAACCCCUUGAGGAAUGGGGCCAGGGGCUCCUCCACACUCUGAGUGCAGCGAAACGACACAUUGAGGAGUCGGGGCACUGUGUCAAGGAGAACCUGCAGGCGUGGGACUACUUUGAAAAUAAGUGGAUAAACUACCUCAACGAGAGAGGAAUUCUGGAUGGCAAGUCGCAGGCCAAGUUUCCUCCCGAGUACGGGGUGAAAGAGAGGGACGCCUUCUAUCGCACCCUGAGCUACUCUGGCUGGGCGGGCAGCAGCGGGCACGAUGCUCCCAUGAUCGCCUACGAUGCUAUCCUGAGAGCUGGCAACUCCUGGGUGUCUCUGGCCCAUCAUGCUUUCUUCCACGGAGGUGACAGCGAUUCCACUGCAGUCAUCGCUGCCUGCUGGUGGGGCGCAAUGCAUGGCUUUGAGGGGGUGCCCGGGAGCAAUCACCAGACACUGGAGUACCGGGACAGGCUGGCCAAGCUUGGGGAGAGCCUGUAUGAGCUCAGUCAGGAAACUAGAUAAAAAUGACAAACCGUUCAAAAGGUUUAGGAGUAAGCAAAAGCUUACUUGAGUGCACUUUUAUAAAAGUGAUUGCACCUGCCAAAAAAUCUCACCUGUUUUGCACUUACAUUAAUUAAAUAGGUGCAGAAACACAUGUUAUGUAAUUACCGCUCAUGCCUUUAAGUAACAUUUGAUUUUUGCUAAACUCAACCACUUGCUAUGUGUUGUUUUUUUUAAUGUCUUAGCAUAUUGGAGCAAGUGGAGAAAAUUCUCAUAAUAUUGCAUGAACAAAGUAGCAAAGCAAGAUUACAACCAUUUAGACUGAGCAACUGAGUAAACAAAUCUCAAUAUUAAAACAGAACUUAGAAUAUCAUAAAAAGUAAGGUAGGGGUAAAGAAAAACUAUUAAAAUGAAUCCUGGAUAAACCUAAAUAAUUUAGAGUGCUCCAUCUUUAUUUCGCUAUCUCAUUUACACAUUGAACGUGACAUACUGAAAACUGUUAGUGAUGGGUCCUUAUAGCAAGGACAGUACUUGUGCAAUCAAUGCCACCAUUGCUUGAACAGGAAUUAACCACAUUUAUAAAUCAUUGAGUAGUGAAGUGUUUUUGCUUUGUGGUCUUUGAAUAAACUUCAGGAAGAACUGA